UUCACCAUCUAUUCAAUUGUUUGCCACAAAGAAAUAGAGCAAAAAUAUUGAAAGAUGAAGACAUCUUUCAAAUUCUCUGCCUUCUUCUACUUCUCCAUUUUCUUGAUAUUCCAAAUAUUCAGUUUCCAAAUUUUGACAGUAAAUUCUCAAGGCAGCACAGAUUCAUGCAACUCCAAUCUCAACCUCAAAGGCGAACUUCUUUUCGAUACAACUUCUUUCCAUUGUCUUUCAGUAUGGGAUCAACAAGGCUACAUCCUCAGAUAUAUGAGAACAGAUACAAAUGUAUGGAGCUUUGUUCUCUCAGCACCAAACACAAAUGCAUACAUAGCCAUGGGAUUUUCCAAAAAUGGCAAAAUGGUUGGCUCCACUGCAGUUGUUGGGUGGGUUAGUAAUGACGGAACUGCCACUAUGAAGAAGUAUUUCCUCGGCGGACAAUCGCCAGAUGAGGUUUUACCUGAUGAGGGAAACCUCCAGCUAGUCAACUUUACAUCCUCCGUCGUAGCAGAGGAUUCCAGAAUUUAUAUGGCUUUUCAGUUGAAUACUGAAAUGCCCAGCAAUCGGCUCAUCUACUCCGUCGGACCGACGGGAAUGCUGCCGUCCGCCGCCGAUUUCCGACUGACGGAACACCAGGAUCAAAUCUCCACUUCCUUGAAUUACAAUUCAGGUCAAAGUGAAAAAAGUACACCUUAUGCAAAUCUGAGAAGAAGCCAUGGACUUUUAAACAUGUUUGGCUGGGCUAUUUUCAUGCCAAUUGGAGUCAUGGUAGCAAGAUACUUGAGACAAUAUGAUCCAAUCUGGUUUUAUGCUCACACCACCAUUCAAUCAUUAGGGUUCAUCCUCGGAUUUGCUGGUGUUAUCAGUGGGCUCGUUCUCAAUAAUCGUCUGCAGAACAAUGUCAAUAGACACAAAGGCAUUGGCAUCUUCAUUCUUGUUCUUGGUUGUUUGCAGGUUAUUGCACUUUUGGCUAGACCAGACAAGUCAUCAAAAGUAAGAAAAUAUUGGAAUUGGUAUCACUAUAUUACAGGGAGAGUUUUGAUAAUGUUGGCAACAGUAAAUGUUUUCUAUGGUAUCCAUUUAGGAAAUGCAGGAAGUUCUUGGAAGGCUGGUUUUGCUGUUGUUUUGGUUAUAUUUCUCAUCACUGCUGCUUUGUUUGAGAUCAGGAUGUGGAAGAGAAAAUAGAAAUUUAUGCUUCAUUCAUGUAAUAUUUUUGUUUAUUUUUCUUGUUUUGAUGAUUUUCCUUUGUAUUUUCUCUACACUGCAUUGCAUAAAACCAACCCCCCUCCCCCCCAACCCAAUUUUUAAGAAUUUAAGUUUUAUAUAUUCAAUAUUUACACGAUCGAUGUAAUUUGAUUACUUUUUUCUCAAUUA